GCAUCUUUCAUCUUGCUCGAAACAACAAAACAAGUCCUUCGAACCCCCGCACUCGAACUUCGCGAGAACCUAAGAAGUCCACCAACCUGAAGGUCACAAUUAGUUCAAUUUCGUGGUCUUUUCGAUCUAACAGCUGCACCAGCGCUUCGACCGCAAUACCGUCCACCUUCUCUGUCUAUCAGCAAACGAUUAUCACCAGUCUCAAUAUUUCAGCCAUCCAUCUCUAUUCGCGACACGAUGUCAGGUAUUGUCGAGUCAGUCCAGGCCAAGGCCCAGGAAGUCGCGAAAGAGGACUAUGACCGCGCCAAAGCCCUGAUCAAUGAUGCUGCAAAGAGCGGGUCCUACUUGUAUCCCAUCAAGGGAAUCUUCUACUUCUUGAGCCAUCGCAGCCUUUGGAAGCCCCUCCUCAAGAAGCUGGCCCCUAUUGUGACGCUUUCUGUCGGAGUGGUAACGGGCAUGUUCUUCUUUACCUACGUGCCGCAACUCGCUCUUAUGACUUUCGUCAACGGGCCGCUCGCAGUCCUCACCACAGCAGUGCUCGUUUUGAACGAGAGCUCUGCAGUCAUUUCAUUCCUUUCCAGGAACUUCGUCAUGCAGGAUGCCCUCUUGGACACCUUUGACGGCACCCUGAUUUCCAGGGACGCUACCAAUCUUGUCAGUGAAGGCAGAGAGCUGAAGUCGGGCAGGGAUCCCAUUCAAAGACUGGGAAAAGUUCUCAAGAAUCCUUUCCAGCGUUUCAGCCCCAAGGCGUUGAUCCGAUAUGUCAUGUACUUGCCGCUUAACUUCAUUCCAGUUGUCGGCACGGUAGCAUUCAUCGUCUUGCAAGGACGCUCUCGCGGCAGCACGAUUCACGACCGGUACUUUCAACUCAAGCGAUGGUCCCCAAACCAAAAGGCGGAGUGGCUUUCGAAGCAUACAGGCCCAUACUUAGCCUUCGGUGUUCUGGCAACGCUCCUUGACAUGAUUCCGGUUGCUUCCGUGUUCUUCUCGUUCACAAACGCCGUUGGUGCGGCGCUCUGGGCGGCCGAUAUCGAACAUAAGGAGACCGAGAUGACCAAUGGCACUGCUCCUGGUCUUCGUGAAGCAGCGAAGAAAGCCGAGUGAGAUGGUACCAGAUCGAAAUUGAUUAAUGUAUCACACAGAGGCACAUCCCUGAGUGGGAGGUAUCUUUAACUUGACACAGUUGGUCAAUUCGGAGGUGGUGUUGCAUGUUGCAUCUGCUUGGCCGAAGAGGUACGGCAUUUUGACAGCGCAGGAUGCUGUGCGACCAGUUCAAGCCCUCGCUCGAAUCCGACUUGCAGACUUUUCCUGCAAGAUUUUUGGUCAAAAACUUUCCUCCGCCUCUUCAUUUCGGAGUACUGGAUGGUUAGGACAUCAUUUCCACUCGGCAAUUGCCUCACCACCCUGAAUACGAGAAUAACCAAGUCUUAACUCCAUGAGAAUUCCAGUGUUCAGCGUGGCUUUCGAGUGAAUAUCCCAAAUCAAGCCUCAAGAGUGAAAACUGUCUUGAACUGGAGCAGAG